AUGGCCUCAGCAAAGGCAGCAAGGGGGCCCGAGGCCCAGAAGGGGACUGCUGUGGGACCAGUACGCCUUGUGGAGGCCUCUGAGUGUCCAGUGACCCAAGACCAGUGUCUGGCGUCAGCCCACGAAGCCUGCCAGACCCAGGGUGAAGCUGAGUGUCCAACAGGCCCAACCUCAGAGCCAGAGCUCCAGGAGGAGAGGUUAAAGACAGAGGCGAAGGCUCCCGAUGAGCGAAGCCACAGGUCCCUAGCUUCCAUUGUGAGACCCAGUCAUGGUCUGAAGAGGAAGCUGACCAACUCCUCAGGCUUCCUGUCCAUGGCUUUCGUUUGCGGGCCCCCCCCCCAUCCUAGGGCUGAAGCUGAGCUGCCGCUGCACAAGGAGACGCCAGAGGGGAGCCAGAGCGAGCCAUCUGCCAAGCAGCACAAAAAAGCCAAGAAGCGCAAGAGUCUGGGGGCCCCGGCACUCCCUGAUGCAGUCAGCACAGGGUCUGCCCCUUCAGAGAUCUUGGGGCUGCAGCGAAAGGCCCAGCGCCUUCGAGCCCUGUACCAGUACAUCAACUAUUGCAACCCUGAGCUGAACCAGGCAGGGGAAGGGCACAGAGAGGCUGACACUGAGCCGGAAUCGGAACUGGUCCUGGUCUCUGAGGAGGUGGGUGUGGAACAGCUGCAGGCCUUACUGCCCGUGGCAGGUGAGGUGGGCUCAGGCUUCUCUGUGCCCUGCCACAAAACGUUAGUGCCCCCCACCCACAUUCUGGCCCCCCUGGCAGAGGAGGCUGCAGAGGAUCCUCGGGGUCUUCCCAGCUUGGGUGUCAGUGGCCAAAUCAAGGCUGAGGUAGAUAAGUCAACCCAGGUGGACAUUGACAAGAUGCUGAGUGUCUGUGCUGCCCCUCUUGUGCCCCCACUCUCUCCUCAGUAUAAGUGA